GCUGGCAUCGAAAACGAAUGGAAUUGGAUAAGCAAAAAUGCCUAGCAACCGGCAAAUAUUUAAUCGAUACAAGCAAAGGAUUUUUUACGAGUAAAAGUUGAAGCUAGCAGAGAAAAUCUAGAAUCCGAAUCAAAUAACUAAAUAAUAUUUUAAUAUAAAAAGCUGGUAUACUAAGUGAAAAUGAGCAAGCUAGAUGACCUACUGGGCAAAAAGAAAACGGUGGUGCCCGUUUUGGACCUCAGUCGCAGCAACAUCCAAACGGUGGAGGAGUUCAAGCGACUGCUGGAGAAGGUGCCCGACUACAAAAUGCGACCGGUGAAGGUGCGCGCCGAGGAGAUAAAGAUCCGGGAGAAGGACUACGCCUUCAAGAUGCCCAAGAAGGAGAUGCGAAAGCUACUGAGGGCCAACGGAGAAAGGGAGGCGAUGUACACCUAUGCGGAUCCUGUGCCGAGUGAAAUGAAGGAUGUGGUGCUCAUGGAACUCUGUGCCGUGCCCAUCGACUGGAAGAUGCUGACCACGCUGAGGCCCAAGAACAAACAGGAGGAGGAGUACUUCAGCCGGAUGGUCGAGAUGGGGAAGCUGGAACUCAAGACUGAGGCUCGCGAUCGCCGGGAAUUCGCUCUGAACAAUUGUGUGAAGAAGAUCAAAAAUAAAUCUGGUAUAGUGGAAACUCGACUGAUGACCUGCGAGUCCUGUGGCGAGGAAAUGUGUUGUGGAAAAACUUGUGGCGACUUCAACUACGAUCUUUAUAUUCGGGUCGAGGCCAGAGUGGUUAAGCCCAAACCAGCUGCAUUGUCCUCCAACAAGGCCAAGUUAAAUGGCCGCAAAAAGUCUUCGGUGGGAACCAAGAUCAAGGUCAAAAAGUCCUCUAACAAAACCGGUUAAAUAUUUGAAACAACAGAGAUAAUAUACUAUCCUCUACAUAUUGUUUUAGCUUUUAUAACCAAGUUUAUUUGCUACCAUAUUAUUGUUAUAUGUGUAUCAAAUAUUUAUUUAUUCAAAAGACUUAAAUACACUACUCGAAUUUCUAUGCUGUCAACAUUUUAAGACAUGUGUAGCAUUUAAUAAAGUUGCUAAUUAAUCAAAAAUAUUUACGCAUUUAUAAACCCAAGGUGUUAAAUGAAAAAUGCCUAAAUUUAAUUGAAAACCAAAUCACGUAAAUCAUUCGACACAACCUCAAAAGCUAGAAAAUUUCCCUUGAACAUUUAACCUUUAUUCAAGAUGUUAAAAAAAUACAUAAAGGUCGCUAUACAAAUAAACUAAAACAU